AUGUCGGCGACGUUAUUCUCAAGAGAGGUUGUGUUCGAGGGGGUGUGCUGGCCUGAAGGACAUGGUGCUCCCUCGGCAGGCGGAAAGGAUGACGUCCUGAUCGGAGAGUCCUUAGUCCGGGGGAUGGACACCGCCUUUCGGGGCUACUUUCCUCCCCUCAAGUACAGGGCCUCAGACCAAACCAGGAAUCUCCGUGGCUUCGUCCGGAACCUCUUGUACGACGACGAGGGCCUGGCUAACUUUGCCGAUGGUGGAGAUGAGGAGAUGACAAGGCUAGGCGAAGCCCUGAGGGCUCUCGACACCUUCCGCACGGAAAGCUCGCACUACUCUUGGGAGGAGUUCCUAUCCGUGCUCGGGCGGGAAGUGGGCGGUAGGGGGGCAGGCGGGGCUGUCUACGCGAAAGGCCGUGGCUUCGUCGUGCCGGGGGAGGGUCAUGGAAAGUCUCUCGAGGAGCAGCGUGCGUCCUUCAUCGACCAGGCCAAGAGAGAGCUGGACGCGAUCGCCCACGCGGAGGGCGGCACACGAGAGGAUUUAUUGCGGAAGCUCCGAAAGGAGACGGCAUCGCCGACGGGAUCGAGGGGCACCGGCGAAGAAUCGGUGGCUGUGGAGAUGGACGUCGAUGCGGACGACGACCGGGGUAUGUCGGGGGCAAACGGCGGGGCCGACACCGCCGCGGGUGACGACGUUCUGCGUGCCAAGGAUGAGGCAAUCGCGGCCAUCGAGCAGCAGCUGGCGGCCUUGAAGAUGGCCAAGAGCGGCGCCUCCACCGGCGGCAGCGGCAGCAGCAGCGGCCUCGCGCGUCCGUCGUCCCAUGCGCAGCAGCAGCAGCAGCAUCAGGGGGGGUUCGGGAGUGCGGGGGGGGCGGUAGCUGCGCCUCCGGGCGCUUCCGCGGAGCUUCUUCAGCAGAAGAGUUUGAGGGGGCUCUCCGAAACGCAGGCGUCCGAAGAGUUGGAGAGGCGAAUGGCAGCCAAGGAAAGCCGGCAGCAGCAGGACCAGCAGGCCAAGGCCAUGAAAUCUUUCCUUCGAAAAGGUCCGCUGUCGCAGGAACAAGAGAGAGAGGUCGACAGGGCCUUCAACAGUGGGCCGGACCACGAGGUGCUGGUGAACGCCUUCAACGCCUCCCUCACCAGGAGGGACCUCAAGUGCUUGCGACCGUACACGUGGCUGAACGACGAGGUGGUGAACAUGUACAUGCAGCUGCUGUCGUGCAGGGACAAGGAGCUGUGCAAGGCGAACCCCUCUAGACGGCAAUCACACUUCUUCACUUCCUUCUUCCUGACCAAGCUCAAGGGCAUGGACUGCAAGUACAACUACACGGGCGUGAAGAGAUGGACACGAAGGGUCAAGGUGUUUGAGAUGGACAAGAUCUUCGUACCGGUCAAUGUGUCGAAUGCCCACUGGUGCAUGGCGGUCAUAUUCGUGCAGCAGAAGCGCAUCAACUACUACGACAGCAUGGGCGGAGGGGGCAAGUCCGUGCGGGAAGAUCUGCUGCUGUGGCUGGAGGACGAGGAUGAGGACAAGAACGGAGACAACGCUACGUUCGAGCCAGACGACUGGACAACCGUGGGGACCAAGGUGGCCUCGACCCCCCAGCAGGAGAACGGCAGCGACUGCGGAGCGUUCGCGGUGUCGUUCGCCUCCUACCUUAGCGACGACCUUCCCUUCGACUUCCGACAGGCGGACAUCUCGCAGAUGCGCAGGCGGAUGCUGUGGUCGCUCCUACACCAGCGCCUCGUUUAGGCGCGCUAGAGCGUUGCUGCUAUAUUUGCUGCUUUCUGCGGGUUCUGCCGACUGUGCUUGGCGAUGGCUGUGGUCGUCGUGCUUCGUGGUUUUUCGUUCAACUGUGAUGUCUUCACCAGCGCCUUGUUAGGCGCGUUGCUGUUGCUGCUGCUGCUGCUGCUGCUGCUGCUGCGGUGUUUGCUGCUUUCUGCGGGUUCUGGCGCCUGUUCUUGACGGUGGCUGUUGUGGUCGUUUCCCACGGUGUUCGUUACAUUGUCUCGUCUCUCAAUGGGGUUUCGGGUGCGCGUUGUUGCUUCGGCGAGCUGGUGGUUUCUUGUUUGGUGUUGCCCUUACCCUCACGACCGGUAUUUUUUCCCACUUUCACCAAGUUGUGGACAUAAUUAGAAUGUCGAUAACAAGCGCUUGAGCGAAUUAUGCAGCGCAUAUGCAUUGGGUCUCACUCGUCGUACCCUCAAUAGGGCCUUGAUACUUUCUGCGGAGUGUAACGGUGGCAUGGGAGACAACGGCGUUUGGUUCUUGGUUCUGCGAACCCUGGACACAAGGGAGUACGAGUAGAGGGUAGAAGUUGAGGCUGACUGCCAUUAACGUUGGCCAAUUCAAUUCCAGCUCCUGAAACUAUUAGACACGAGGGAUGUUGUGUCACAGCCGGCGUUGCUUGAGGAAGCCAAAAGCAAAAAGAUGUUACUUACGCGAGGGAACGGGCCAGCUCGAAAUCAAGCUGGUGAA